AUGCAUAAGUAUAUAGUGUGCGAUAAUACAUCUAAUGACACCAAAGUUAAUUUUCCAGUAGUUCUUUAUCAUGGAUUUCCCAAGAAUGAACACAAAUGGCUUAAAGUUUUUGGAAUUGAUCAUUGUCAUGAUGGGCAACGCAUAUGUAGUGAUCAUUUUUUAAAAGAGCACUAUAAGCCAGGAAAAAGGCGAUUUUUAUUAUAUAAUGCUAUUCCCCAACCUUAUGAUCGAAAUGGAUUUCCUUCUGAUUAUGCUACUCAAAUUAAUGAUGUUGAAACUGGAAAUAAUGUAAUUUUACCAAUGGAACAAAAAAUUAUAAGAGAGGAACAUAUUGAAAAUGCUGCUGUAAAUAAUUUUAAAUCACCAAGGCGGUCUCCUAGAAUUACUAGAAACAAUGAGGAUAUGUUGGACCAUACUUUAGGAUCUUUUUUGAAAUCAUUAGCACCUGAUGGUUUGCCAGUGUCAAUUAAUGAGAUGCCUGUUUUGAGAACAUGUGAAGCUCCAUUCAUAAGUCCAAUAGAUAAUGAAGCUGCUGAACAGUCGUCGUCAGAAAAAAUAAAGAAUGUACAAGGCCUAUAUAGGUGCUGGAAAAGGGAAUAUUUCUUGUGACCAUCAUUCCGGUACACCUAUAUUCCAUGAGGGUAUGAAA